AAGUGGAGAAGUGAGAGCUGUUAAGUAUCAACACAGUAUUGUGAGCGUUGGAAGUACUGAAUGUAAUUGAAGCUGUUUUCUUGUUUUCAAAUUUCUUCUAAUUUUGAGUCAGUAAUAACGGAUAAUGGCGUGGACACCGUAUCAAAAGAUUUUAGCAUUAUUGAUGGUUGUUACGGGUUCCAUAAAUACCUUAGCUACGAAGUGGGCUGACAGACUUUCCUCUAUAAAUAGUGCUGGAGAGCUAGCAAAGUUUAACCAUCCAUUUUUACAGGCCUGUGGAAUGUUCUUGGGAGAAUUAUCCUGCCUCAUAGUUUUUAAGAUAUCCUUAUGUGCAGAAAGAAGGAAAAAAGAAGGUGGAAAGCAAAACAUAGGUUCAAAUAAAUUCAAUCCUAUAAUUUUUCUUUUGCCUGCUUUGUGUGAUAUGACAGCAACAUCAAUUAUGUAUGUUGGAUUGAAUCUCACAUAUGCUUCAAGUUUUCAAAUGUUACGAGGUGCUGUUAUUGUAUUCACUGGACUACUAUCAGUUGCAUUUUUAGAGCGGCGGCUGAAAGUAUAUGAAUGGGUAGGAAUUUUUAUUGUUAUUCUUGGAUUAGUUUGUGUUGGUGCAUCUGACAUUUUUAGCCCAAGUUCAGAAGAUAGUUUUGGUGCAAACAGCAUUAUAACAGGUGAUCUUUUGAUUGUGAUGGCACAAAUUAUUGUUGCAACUCAGAUGGUUGUGGAGGAGAAGUUUGUAACAAAACACAGUGUUCCUGCAUUACUAGGUGUAGGAUGGGAAGGUCUAUUUGGUUUUGUUAUUUUAUCAAUACUACUGGUGCCAAUGUAUUAUAUAAAAGCUGGUAAGAGCAUCUUUAGUAAUCCUGGUGGAAGAAUGGAAGAUGCUCUAGAUGGCUUUGUUCAGUUAUCUAAUAGCUGGCAAGUAACUUUGGCUUUUACAGGGACAAUUGUAAGUAUUGCAUUCUUCAAUUUUGCUGGACUAAGUGUAACAAAAGAAAUGAGUGCAACAACUCGAAUGGUCUUGGACAGUGUCAGAACUUUUGUUGUGUGGGUUUUCUCUUUGGCUUUGAAGUGGCAAAAGUUCCAUUAUUUGCAGUUAAUAGGAUUCAUAGUACUUUUUAUUGGUAUGUGUCUCUAUAAUGAUGUAAUUAUCCGACCCCUGUAUCAAAUGAUUCGUGAGAAGUCUGACAAAAGUAGAGAACAUGAACCUCUCAUAAGAAAUUCUGAUGAAGAAUCCUCAGGUCCUGUAGCAAGGUCAUCAUCCAUUAAUGCUUGAUACCUGAACUUAUAUAUAUAUUUUAAUGUAUAGAUUUUGUACAUACUUCCUUUUAUUUAUUCAUAUAAAAUAAAUAUUUUACUCUAUCA